CUUCGAGGAGGAACGGGGAGAGCUACAACAAGCGGUAUUAACUACGCUGCGCCAGAACGAACAAAUAAGGAUUCCAAGAACUACGCAAUGGCCGGAGGCGCAGCUUCCUCUUUCAGCAGCCAAGGGCAGCAGUCUUCCUUCACGACCAAAGGCGCACCAGCACAUCAGAACCAGCUCGUCUCCGCCCUGAUUUCCCCGAACCCCAGCCCCAGCACAGCUAGUAGCGCGGGGAAAAUGAGUCUGCUCUCCUCCUCAGAUCCUGUAGUUCCUGUCGCGCAGAGGCAGCAAGAACCUGCGGUAGCCUAUUCUGCAGCCAGUGCAGGAUACGAGCAGUAUCGAACGAAAAGCAGCAGCAGUGGUUCCCGGUCGCGUUCGGGGAGCAAGGAAACAACCGUGACUACAUCGAACAAAGACACUAACUUCCUAAACCUGAACACGAUGUUCGAAACCACCUCCUCCCACUCGACUGCUUCCUUGACAAACUUGAAAUCCCGCUCCCUCCCCACCUCGCCAAGCAGUAGUUCCCGCAACAUGGGGCGCACGGAGUCUUUCUACGGGAAAGUUGAUAGCUCGCUGCGAGACUUGGAGCAGAUGCAGGUGGAAAAUUCGAACUCGAUUCUGACAAAUCUCGACCACGUUCUCGAGGUCAUUCACGAAAGUCGGGAGAAACAGAUUGCAGUAUGAGAGUGCUGUAAAACUUCCCCUCUCGUCCCUCAUUUGUAUUGCAUGAGCUGCAGGAGCAAAAAUGAAAACAAGCUUCGGCAACAAUGCACGUUUUGCAUGACGAAUUAGGACAGGAUAGUACGUCCUACUUGAGCUGCCAAGACCUGUUAUGCAAACAGUGCCAAGACGAGACAGGGCGUCGGUUUGGUAUUUUGCGAGCACAAACCAGGGUGAGGCGGACGAGUUGUGCACUCUCAUAUGCGGGUCUUGUGGGGGAUAAGGAUCAGAGCCAGCAGCUGAAUAAUUCCUCAACUUCGUCUUCCAGUGCCGGCAGUUCGGAUGACAAUGUCGGUGCGAAUGCGAAUGCUACAGCAUCUACGUCGAUUUUGUCCGGCAAGAGGACAUCCAAGUCCAAUCUGGAAAGGAUAGCCACGAGCAAGGACGUCGUGCGAGCUGCGGGACCACAGCAUGGUCAACAGGAGGCAAAACUUGUACCGCUAACCAUACUCGAACCUCCGCUGCGGACAACUAGCAGCUCGAGCGGAACAGCUGCAAUUGGUUCCCGGCGGCAUAGCGGAAGUGCAAGUGUAACUGCGUCGAAGGAGAGUGUCGCGUUAAGUGGAGUUCUUGCAGAUGGUAGAACGUCGAUAAGCGGAGCGGCAACGGUUUUGCAGCAGCAGCAGCAUGCAAGAACACCACAGCAGCAAGAAGUAGAGCCUUUUUCUCCGGGCAGUUUGGAGGAAGAAGAGGAGGAGAACUGGAGCACCAUUCCGGAAGAGUUAUCGCCGAAAAUUCUGGACUUUUCAACAUCCACACCGGUGAACCAGCCGAACGUAGCUGCUGCGUCGGGCAACAAUCAGGAGCAGUCAUCUGUAGCGCAAGGACAACACGAGCCCUCUACCUCUAGCAUAGUAUUGUCGAGCCAUGUUUCCUCGGGUGGCACCGGUGUAGAUAACAACUACGGCGAGAAUAGUAACGCAGGGGACACCGGGAGUUCGUUGACCGUGUCUUUACCAGUCGAAAAGACGGCGCAACACCUUCUGCAGCAGGACAAAAGUACUGCUCUUCUUGCUGCGAAGACGUCGUCGAAUUUGGACCAACAAGAAGCUGGUCAUCUUCAGAGAGAAGCACAAGCCAGUAGGAGUGCCAGCUCGACGAAGGAGAAGCUGCAGCAUGUCGCGCCGGAGACCACGGCGACCUCAGGUACGACUGCAACGGCGGCGCAAUUGGAGCAAGAUCAGGACGAGUUACAGGAAUUGACAACUAAAGUUCAUACGGAACUGACGAAGAUGAACCAGGCUGCGGAAAAACUGAACCAGUUGAAGAUGGUGCAGAAGCAGAAGCAGCAGGUUCUGGACAAGAUCAUUGCGGACUGGGCGAUACAGCGAGUCUACCUGCUGUCCAGUUGCGGGGAGGAAUACGUCUUGAUCGCGGAAGAUUAUUUUUUGAAGGAGAAUUUGCUGGAGAAGUCGAAGCAGAAAGUGAAUCUUUUAUCCGAGAAAUUUUCCAAAGUCACUGCGAAGGUGAAAUCGUACGCGGGAGGGGCGAGUUCAAGUUCCUCUUCCUCACCGAGCAGAACUACGGGUAGUACAACUACCAGCACGAGGCUGGAACGAUGGAAAGAGCAGCUGAACACCAUCGACUUGGCCUUGACGAGAGAAAUCGCGAAAUCAGCGCAGUUACAGGAUGAACUCAGGCGGUUUGAUGUGACUACUACAUCGAGCUCAUCUACUUCUCAACAGGGCGGGACUAGUAGUAAUUCCUACCACAGCGGCGGCGGGCCGACCCCAACGCCAGGCAACACAGCAUCAACUAGCUCCCAUCACAAACCGCCGACAGAAGCGCAGAUUCGCAAACUGAAGGAGGCGGUGUCAAAAGCGAGGCCUUUUUUCCUGGCUUACCGGAAAUUUUGCCACAGCUACAGGGAGGCGAAGCUGUUUGUGACCACGGCACAGGACAACGCAGAUGAGUGCAAAAGAGUUACGGAGGAGAAAAACUGUGGUGAAGGUGUAUACUAAGUCCGUCAUGCGAAUAAACAUGGAAGAAGGUUACGUGUCUGUCAUGCUGGUUUUGCGUGGAGGGGUGUACGCAAAAUGCGUUUUCACGUACUAUCAAUCUGCGAAUGAUUGUCAACAUGCCAGACAGAUUUGUCAUGCUCUUCGCCAAGAAAUGCGACACUGGCACAGUUUUUUUCCACCUGGAUACGAGUCUACAACACAGCAAUACGGCGCUUGGAGUCUAUCUCCGCGGAAGAACACGCGAAAAGGGGGGAUGUUAAUCUUACAGGGAUAGCUGUCUGAAAAAUCGAAGAUUUGUUUGAAGUGAUGAUAAGGAUUGGCGUCCCGCCUGCUUCCAUGUCGUGUGCCAUCUUGUCUUCUUCAAGUAGACUUGACACCAUGUUGUUUCUUCAUCGGGCCGCUUGUCGGUUGUUCUACUGUUCCAUUGC